AUGUGUGGCCACGAGAUUACCCCAAAGCCUCGAGGAGGUGCCCUCGCCGCCCUCAUCCGGCCAAUGCAGCAUGAAGGACUUGCCGUUCAGGGAGAUCUCGUCUUUCACUGCCCAGGAAGCCCGAAGAGCAUGACGGCGACGCAUAUGCGGCUGACACCAUCCGGAGACAUUGCAUCUCACGAUUAUUGCCAGAACUAUAUCGUGGUAAUACACGAAAUGGGUGAUCUCUCGCGAGAUGUCGGAGAGUGCGGGCACUUUUGCGAAUUUCCUCUUCAACAGCCGUCCCUUGGGACGACGGCUCCCGAGAUAGAUAUCGCCCUUUCGAGACCCGUGGCCCUCGAGGUUAGCAACGAGGGCAUCAUUGGCCGACGCGUGUCUCUCUACUCGACUUCUACUCUUUCAGAUCGGCGACUGGUCGCUGAGGGCAUCAUCGGGUUCAACAUUUAG